AUGGAACCUCCUCCCCACGAGAACGAGAUGACCAGGUCCGUCGCCAUUAGUUCAUCCGACAUGAAUCGGUCGGAGUCGGCACCGGCCACGGCGGUGAAGACGGUGGACGUGCAAACGGCGGCGACACCAGCCGUGGGGGUGACGCCGGUGGACGUGCAGACGGCGGCGACACCGGCCGUGGGGGUGACGACGGUGGACGUGCAGACGGUGACGCCACCGGCCGUGGGGGUGACGACGGUGGACGUGCAGACGGUGACGCCACCGGCCGUGGGGGUGACGACGGUGGACGUGCAGACGGCGGCGAGGGAGCUUCAGGAGCAGCAGGACGGCAUGAUGUACCUGGACGUGAGGACGGAGGAGGAGAUGGGGAAGGGCCACAUCGGCGGCUCCCUCAACGUCCCCUACUUCUUCGUCACACCACAAGGGACCCGGGAGAAGAACCCACGGUUCGUGGAGCAGGUCGCCUCGCUCUACACCACAGAGCAACACAUACUUGUCGGGUGCCAGAGCGGCAAGAGGUCAGAGCUGGCAUGCGUUGAUCUCCUAGCAGCAGGGUUCAUGAAUGUGAAGAACGUGGGAGGCGGCUACGCUGCUUGGCUGCACAACGGACUCCCAGUGACAGUGGCAGUCCCCACGCCGCCACCAACACCUGAAUCUGCUGCAGCAAUCUGA